AUGGACGAUGCACAAAUAACACAUACGUACUCUUCCUCCACCGAAUCCGGUUCCCCUGCAGACGACUCCGACAACUCGCAAUUACUCAUUGGCGAAUCGUUGAUCCCCGUACGAGAAAGGAAACAUGCAGGCACCACCGUCGUCACUAUCGAUGGAUUGUUGAAGGAGCCGCUGCGACUCAAGGAAGACUUGAAGCAAGGAUGUGGUGGACAACUCUGGCCUGCAGGGUUGUUGCUGUCGAGAUACAUGCUGGAGGAACAUGCCACCGAUCUCGUUGGUAAGACUAUAGUGGAGUUAGGAGCAGGUGGUGGUUUGGUCGGCUUAGCUGUCGCACGAGGCUGCCAAACCGAUAAACCGAUAUACAUCACCGACCAAGAACCUAUGAUGCAGUUAAUGCAAGACAAUAUCUCACUGAAUGACCUCUCGACAAAGGUGAAACCCGCUCUGUUAGACUGGGGCACACCAUCCCCAGCAGAGAUACCAGAACACCCUGAGAUUGUACUCGCCGCAGACUGCGUGUACUUCGAGCCUGCCUUUCCUUUGCUGAUAUCUACGCUACAGGGACUCUUGGGGUCAGACACGAUAUGCUAUUUCUGUUUCAAACGGAGGCGACGCGCCGAUCUGCGUUGUAUCAAGAUGAUCAAAAAAUUGUUCAACGUGACCGAGAUCAACCGUUUCUCGACGUGUGAAGGAUACAACAGAGAGAAUCUCUUUUUGUACAAGAUCCAGUCCCGUCAAAAGAGCAAAGAAUAA